AUGGGGACAUACGUGAAAAACGAUUUCAACAAUUGGGACAAGUUACCAAUUGAAAAAGUCCAUCUUAAGUUCUGUAAAAUAUACCUCGCUGUCAGUAGGAAAGCAAGUAACAUUGCUUCCAGAGCUGAGCUUGGAAAACUCCCUCUUAUUAUCAAUGUAUUCAAAAUGGUCUUCAAAUACAUCACUCACUUAAACUCACUUCCCGAAACAGCCAUUGCAAAGCAAGCAUUUCUAAUCUCGAAAGAUCUCUACUCUAGGCAGAAAACUUCCUUUUACGGAAAUGCAAUGGAUACAAUCAAAAAUUUAAACCUAAAUGAAGAAAUCCCUAAUCUGGAAGCCGUAACGUCUGAACAUAUUGAAGCUAUUACCAAAACCCUUGAGGAAAAAUACUUGACAUUCUGGAAACAUAAACUUGAAAAUUCAUCCAAAUUAACUUUCUAUUCAACAUUCAAAACGGACCACAACCUCGAAAAAUACUUAAUAAUUAUAAAAGACCCAUACAAGAGAAAAUGUCUUUCACGUUUUAGAGUCAGCAGCUGCCACAACCUCCAAAUUGAGAUCGGGCGAUACCAAAAUACACCCCGAGAAAAACCCUUAUGUGAAAUCUGUAAUUUAGGAGAGGUGGAAAACGAAACCCAUUUCCUACUCUUUUGCAAAGCCUAUGAGCAUUCUCGUAAAGACCUCCGAAGUUCUUUAGAGAAUGCCUCAUCUGUCUCAAGCUCUAUCAGCUGA